CCCCGUUCUCCGUCCGGCACGCCGGAAGGCGGCCCCAGAGAGCCUUGCUGACGGGAGCAGGCAGCCGGGAAGCGCCAGGUCGGUCCACCGCAUUGCUCCGGCGGUGAGGGUCAAAGGCAUUGUGAAGUGAGGUAAUAGAUAAUGAAGUAUCUACCCAUUUCUAAUUGGCUGACCCAGCUUGGUCUUGCAGAAUAUUGCGCACACUUUGAACAAUAUGAUGGCAUAGAGGACUUACUCCAUCUUACAGAAGUUGAUCUUAGAAAAAUGGGAAUUGAAAAUCAAGUCCACCGAACACGCAUCAUUUACAAUAUCCUGCUGCUUCAGGAGGCAGAAAAAAAGAGAGAACCAAAAAUGAUAGCUGCAGGAAAAUUUUCAAGUCUUCCAAGAAAUGGCCCAGUGAACCACCAGUUCUCAUUAGCUUCUUCCAUGGACCUUUUGACCACUAAACCUUCGCCAACUGAGCAUCGCUCAGACUCCUUUCAAGACAUCUCUAUCCAUGGCACUCUCCCCAGGAAGAAGAAGGGGACAAUUCCCACUAGGUCUUGUGAUAUGUUUAGCCACAUGGGAACAUUGACAUACACCAGAACACAGCGGCAGCAGCCACCUUUUGUACAGGAUGUUAUAGAAGAGUAUCCUCUGCAAAAUGGGAAGAGCAACAAACUUCAUGCCAGAGAUCAGAAUAUUCUGGAUCCUACUUUGGAAUAUGUUAAGUUUUCUAGGGAGAGGCAAGUUAUGGACAACAGCCCAGAAAAACUGAAGAAGGAGUUAGAGGAAGAACUGCAGCUAAGCAGUGAAGACUUGCGUAGCCACGCCUGGUACCACGGACGUAUUCCUCGGCAGGUGGCAGAAGGCCUAGUUCAGAGAGAUGGAGAUUUUCUGAUCAGGGAUUCUCUCUCCAGUCCUGGGAACUUUGUUCUUACCUGUCAGUGGAAAAAUACCUCUCAGCAUUUUAAAAUCAACAGAACAGUUCUAAGACUCAAUGAAGCCUACUGCCGUGUUCAGUAUCAGUUUGAACUUGAAAGUUUCGACAGUAUCCCCGGCUUAGUUAGAUACUAUGUUGGGAAUCGCACACCAAUAUCAAAGCAGAGUGGAGCAAUUAUUUUUCAGCCUAUCAACAGGACUGUGCCUCUCAGGUGUCUAGAAGAAAAGUAUGGUGUAACUCCAGUCCGACAAAAAGAGCCAAAUAUCCCUGAAGGAAAAACAGAAACUGCAAAAAGGCUGAGUCUUGGUAUAUCCAGCAUGCAAUCCCCGGAGCAGAGCAUACCCAGAGGAAAUCUUCUGAGAAACAAAGAAAAAAGUGGUAGCCAGCCAGCUAGUUUGGAUCACGUUCUGGAGAAAAGAUUCCCUUUAAAGGCUCAUCAGUCAGAGAGCUAUCUGCUAAUAGGCUCAAGACAACCAUCUCGAUUACCUGAAGCAGAUGCAGACUCCUGUCCAAGCUCUCCUGCAUUUAGAACAGGCAGUGAACCUUCUCUAAGGCCCACAGUUGUUCAGAGAGUCACCUCUGAGUCACAAGUAGGGGAAGCUCUUAGAGGAUCAGACAGUCAGCUCUGCCCGAAGCCUCCACCUAAACCCAGCAAAGCACCGCUGAUGAAGCCCCCAGAUUCUCCUUUGGCUUCCCACAGUUCAGAAGGACACUAUUGUGAACUAAGCCCUGCCAGAGAUCCUGCAGCAACAAAACAACAUUUAUGUCAGAAAAACAGCUAUGUGGAACAACUGACACGAAAGGAGAGGGGAACACACUCAUUCAGGAACUCUGUAACAAACUAUUUGAUCCUGGAAGAUGACCCUACAAUGAACUCUGCAGAUCCUUCAGAAGCUUCAGCUGGGAUGGCUGAAGAAGACGGCAUCUUUUCUGCACCUGUUUUUGAGACAGUGUCUAGUUUUAAACCGAAUGAUUUUGAAUCCAAACUACUUCCUGCUGAAAACAAGCCAUUGGAAACAUCAAUGUUAAGAAGAGUUAAGGAGCUUUUCACCAACAACAAUCCAAAGGUUAUUGCACAGCAUAUUCUUAGAAUGGACUGCAAGGUGGCAAGGAUACUAGAAGUUUCUGAAGAGAUGAGGAAGAUUAUGGGAGUGAAUUCUGGUCUUGAACUGAUUACCUUGCCUUAUGGACAUCAACUGCGCCUUGACCUAAUUGAAAGGCACAAUACCAUGGCAAUAGGAAUAGCUGUGGAUAUUUUGGGUUGCACAGGAAAUCUGGAAGAUAGAGCAGCAACAUUAAAUAGGAUCAUCCAAGUUGCAGUGGAGCUGAAGGACUCGCUGGGGGAUUUGUAUGCAUUUUCUGCCAUUAUGAAAGCACUGGAAAUGCCACAGAUCACUAGGUUAGAACAAACCUGGACCUCUCUAAGACAUCAUUAUACCCAGACUGCCAUUAUGUAUGAAAAACAGCUGAAGCCAUUUAGCAAAGCUUUGCAUGAAGGACAAGAGGAGUGGAAUAAGACUGUCAGUGCUCCACAGAACAAAGUAACAGUGCCACUGCUGAUGCCUCUCAUUACCUUGAUGGAGCGACAAGCUGUCGUUUUUGAAGGCAUGGACCUGUGGGAAAGCAGUGACCAAAGCUGCGAAAUAAUGCUCAAGCACUUGGCCACAGCUCGUCAGAUAGCACAGAAUGCAGAAAUGUACAGCUUGACUGCAGAACAGAUGCUGGAAGGCUUCCAGCCCGAUGAAGAGAUGAGUGAAAUCUUCAAGACAGAAUUUCAAAUGAGAUUGCUCUGGGGCAGCAAAGGAGCACAAGUUAAUCAAAACGAAAGAUACGAGAAAUUCAGCCAGAUUUUAACUGCACUUUCCCGAAAACUGGAACCUCCUCCAGUGAAGCAGGUUGCAGAAAUGAUCCUUUAUCUGUGACCACAACAGAAGGCUCAAGUAUCACUGUACCUUUGAAAGUAGAAAAUUAAUUGUGUAUGUGUUGGGACAUCUUCCUUUUUAAGACAGCAUCUGUAGUACUUUUUGGCUUUUGCUGGAGCCUGCACAACAGCUAUGCUGCCAGGAAUGAAUGAUGAAAUUGCAAGAACAAACAAUCCAGAUAAUUAAAAUGCUUUCAGAUAUGAGUAAAUGUGGGUGUAUGUAUAUAUUAAACUUGCUUCAUUUACUGAGGUGAA